AAGAAAAAAAAAUAUGAAGGCAAGCACUAGCGUAGUCACCAAGGGGUUAAUACACAAUUGCAGGCGCCGUCCAAUGAGGAGACGUCUCACAUCCCAACCAAUCAGAUCUCCGCUUGUAUUCUACAACCAGGGACAAAUAGCAGCCACGAUAAUGACACGGAACACCGCCAGCAGCGCUCUCCCGGCGCACGUCAGUGACGUCACGAGAGGGAGACGCGCCAUGUCUUUCCCUUUGUGGGUGCAGCAAGAGGGCGGCGGCGGCGGCGGCGGCGCUGGUGAGCAGAUAUUCCGGGUGCGGUCUGUCCCGGGGGCGGGGUCUGGGCAGCAGCAUUGUCAGGCCCGCCUAGUUUCCGUGUCAGAUUGAAGAGCGGGGGAGCGCGUCAUCCCCCGGAGCUGCUGCUGCUGCUGCCUCUGUGCCGUGUAUCUCGGCGGCGGAGCUGCUGCAGGAAGAUGUCUGCCCUCUCGGCCUGGUUCUGGAAUGAACGCUUCUGGCUCCCGCAGAACGUCACCUGGGCGGACCUGGCGGACACCGAGAGCGGGGAGCAGUACCCGCGGGCUGGACACCUCCUCUACGCCUUCCCCACGGCGCUGGGGAUCUUCGCAUUUAGGCUGCUGUUCGAGAGGUUUAUUGCUAAACCAUGUGCACUACAACUGGGUCUCCAGGGCAGUGGACCCCGAAGAGCACAGCCCAAUGCCAUCCUAGAAAAAGUCUUCAUAUCCAUCACAAAGUGUCCCGAUGGGAAGCACCUGGAGGGACUGUCAAAACAGCUGGACUGGGAUGCACGCAAAAUUCAGAGGUGGUUCAGGCAGAGGCGGAAUCAGGAUAAGCCAAGCUUAGUAACAAAAUUUUCAGAGAGCAUGUGGAGGUUUAUAUUUUAUCUAUAUAUCUUUUCCUAUGGAGUGUGGUUUCUCUGGACGACGCCUUGGUUCUGGGAUACACGACAAUGCUGGUACAACUAUCCUUAUCAGCCACUCACACAGGGUCUCUACUAUUAUUAUAUUCAAGAGUUGGCGUUUUACUGGUCACUAAUGUUCUCCCAAUUUACAGAUAUCAAGCGCAAGGACUUCUUAAUAAUGUUCGUUCAUCAUUUGGCCACGGUUGGCCUCAUAUCGUUUUCCUAUGUGAAUAACAUGGUCCGUGUCGGGACUCUGGUGCUGUGCCUGCAUGAUGCUUCUGACUUCUUGCUUGAGGCAGCAAAAAUGUCAAAUUAUGCAAAGUACCAGCGAAUAUGUGAUGGCUUCUUCAUGAUGUUUGGGCUGAUGUUUGUUACCACUCGACUUGUUAUUUUUCCUUUAUGGAUCUUGAAUACAACAAUGUUUGAGAGCUGGGAUCUGAUCGGCCCUUAUCCUUCAUGGUGGCUGUUCAAUGGCCUUUUGUUAAUCCUACAAGUUCUACACGUCAUUUGGUCUUACCUCAUCAUACGUAUAGCGUACAGGUCUCUGACAAAGGGAAAGGUUGGAACUGGAAAAUGUCACCCUUUGCCUGCAUUGAAAGAUGAGCGCAGUGAUAUAGAAAGCAGCUCAGAAGAGGAGGAUGCAGCAUUAAAUGGCACAAAAUCAGUCCAUAACACAUCCAGCAAUGGAGCCAACCGGGUGAAUGGCCAUGCUUCAAGUAACCAGUGGUCUGAAGAAUAAGAAAUGGACUGUCCAACAACAUAGAUAUGUUCCUUUUUUUUGUUAAAGACAUGUUGUAAGACUUGGCUUAAAUCAUUCCUCAUCAACAACCAGUCCUGAACUGAGCCGCCCCUGGAGGGUGAAGCACAUUCUGCACCAGACUUCAUCCCAGCCAUUACUUGACAGAUGGUUUAAGAGAUCUGGAUUAUCAAGCACUGGCUGCCAUACACAGUCGAACUCGAUGGAUCUGCACCUUUUAUAAACUGUGUGCUUAAUACCCAUACCCCUCUUCAUCCAACUUGGACGGUCAUGCAUAAACAGUGACAAGGAUUGUGCAAAUUGGUACAAUGUUACACCGGCCCUGGUUGUCUUUAAAUGAUCCAAAUGGAUGAGACUAUAUCCCCCUCCUCCCCCCGAGCUCUCACAUAGCUGUGCCAGGUACAAGGGGUGGCAACCCUUUCACAAGCAAUGUGUGGAAAAUGAUCAGGAGUGUGCGCCUUAAUGUCAUAUUUUAUAUAUUUGUUUACUUCAGUCUGUGAAAAAAAUAAAACCAAAAAAUGGACACAUUUUUAUUUUUUGUCUGUAAGUCAGGCUUUUGUUUUGUUAGUGUUUAACUUUAAUCCUUUUUUUUUUUUUUUUUUUGUUACCCACGGUUGGCACCAUUUUUUUCUUUUUUGCCUUCCAUUAUAAAACCCAUUGCUGUACUGCUCUGUUACUAAGCAGGCUGGUCGUUAAGGCGGGCAACUUCGCGGGAGCUGUAAUCAGCAUAUUGGUCAAUUUGUGUAAAUCAAAGACAUUUUAGAAUUAUUACAAAUUGAUGGAAGAGGAAAGCUUUGUACUUGAUUUUACAUUAUCUUUCUACUUAAGUUUAUGGCUCAGAAAAAAGCUGCAGAGCUUGAUCACACAACCAUAUUUAAUAUCUGCACCUGUUGUUUUAAAUAUAAAAUGGAUUUCCAGCAGACUAAAGAAAUUCUAAUGGUGUCCUGGUACUGAACCAUUUUAGUCUUAAUUCACACUUUUAUUACACUUCUCCAAGUGAGAAUUGACCCUUAACAGCCCCUGGAAAUCAGAACCUAUUGUUGGUGCUUAUCAGAAGGGUAUGUUCACAUAUACUUUAAUUUGCUGUGGAUUUAAUCAAUAUAAAUAAAUAGCUAAAAUGUUCAUCAUAAAAUCCACAGUGGAUUAAGUGGGCGUUGUUAUUUAAAACAACUUCCCUUUAUUUCACAGCCUAUGUGAUUCCUAACAUUUCUAUAGAUCACUUUAUUUUCCAAAAAUUACUGUUUUGCCUGAUUAAA